AUGGCGUCGCCUACGACGACAUCACAGUCGUCAAUCGAGGCUGUGCUGAGUCCCUCCAAACGUUCCCUCUCAGCAAACAACAUAUUCACUCCCAUGCCCGCGCCCAAAAAAGCACGCCUACAGAUUGCACCUCUUGAUUGCAGCCAGCCAGGCUGUCCAUCACCUCCCCCAGAGGCAAAGCCAUCGGUAAAUCCGGCCACUUCUACGAAACUGCUUCUACCCUUUCCCUGUCUUACGAUUCCUCCUACACCCGUGUUCCCACCGUCCACCAUUCCGGACACCCCAGAAUCACGGCAAUCAAGUCCUCCAACUCCUCCCGCGCUUCUUCCAGCUUUCGUUCCAUUCAUUAAGGCUGAGCCCUUCCCGGUUAUCAACCCGGUCCAAGAUCUUUCCGCCUCGGAAUUCUCUAGCACGUCAACUACCGACAGUUUUGACUUCUGCUCAGGACCAGAGGUCAUGUCUUCGGCAUCAAUAUCUUCGAUCAGCUCGCACGCUGGCGCCACAACUACUUCUCAACAGACCAAAAUGACCACACCUGAUCCGAUGCAGAAGAAUCCUUACUUCCACAACCUCCCGGCCCGCGUUCUGAACAGAAUCUUCUACUUCGUCUUCGCCGAUCACGGAUCCUUGGACGAUGCCGUUCGCCCUUACUAUCGAAAGGGUAUGCUGGCUGUUUACAUCAAAACCGGACACAAUUUCAAGCCAGGAGAAGCAUGCGUGGUAGUCCAAGACAACAUCGACACUGAUGUCAUGCUCGUGAACAAGCAGUUCCUUGAAGCCGGCAGCCGGGUACUGUACGGGAUGCGAACAUUCAGAUUCAGCGACCCCACCUCUUGCAAGUGGUGGUUCAAACAUAUCGGCAACCAGAACGUCUCGAAUGUUCGGAACCUCAGCUUGGGAAUUGAUUCCGGCUUCAACGUCAGAGUUCAGGACCGAUGUACGAUUGAUCUCUGUUUCGAAGAACAAUGGUAUCAGUUCUUCUGCUGGCUUCUGAACAGACAUUGCUUGGAUAACCUGAAGAUCGAGUUCUGCAAAUGGCUUGAGCCUCGAUUUGUGGUUCCUGAUAAUCUCGACAUGCAAUAUGAGAUCGACGACUGGCGCAAAUCUCUGAUUAUCAAGCUUCAAGACUUUCGCCGCGUUGGGAAUGCUCAAAUCCUUGAUGUGAGCAAUGUCUUCAUGAUGGCUUCGGACUGUCGAAAGAUCGCUCUGGUGAUGAUGCAACCGAAGGACACCGGUAUUGUUUCCCCGAUUGUGAAACGAAAGCCACCAUUGCUAGAACUGCUACAAGAACUGCGAGUCAAGAACCAGGAAGAGCAGGACAAGCAAGCUCAAUCCCGAGUCGCGGAGCAGGGGCCGAGACAGGUGGUGAGAAUGAAGCAAUCGUCGAUCAACCUCAAACAGAAAUCGGACAAGCCAAAGUCGUGGAGAUUGACCCAAGCAUCGAGAAUGGAUAGUUUUACACCCGGGAAGUUUUACAGUCCGAUCACAAAGAAACUGCAUCAGACCUAUUCGAAGAAGAAUCGAGGACGGCUUUUCAACAAUUCGAUGUGGGAGGAAUGA